CAGGUUCCUGCCUCGCGCUCAUUGGCUCAUUUCGGCUGAUGGCAAUAGACACCUGACUCACAAACCUCCCGCUUCUAACUGAUCCAUGAAACCAUAAAGACAGAGCACGUAGGCAAGUUCUUGUCGACAAGCUCAGACCUUCACAUCUUAAGAUGCUGGCCUCUCGUGCACUGGUGCGGGGACUGCAGUCUGGAUUCUGGAGGAGGGUGUCAACUUCAUCUGCCGCCUGGGCUGCACACACUCACGAUGUUGAUGUGAUUGAUUGCUCCAUUCCUCAGUACAAUAACCGUCUGGACACGCCAUUGCCAGAUGUUCCAUUUGUCAGAAAUCUCAGUGCCGAACAGAAGAAACUCAAAGAGAAAGAGAAGGGAUCAUGGACCCAGCUCACCAAGGAGGAGAAACUGGCUUUAUACAGACUCACACAUGAGCUGUCGUAUGCAGAGAUGAGGCAAGGCUCUAAAGAGUGGAUGACUGUCCUUGGGGGCAUCUUCAUCUUCCUUGGCUUCACCGGGCUGGUGGUGUGGUGGCAGCGUAUCUAUGUGUACGGUGAUGUUCCGCACACUCUGUCUGAGGAGUCGAUGGCACAGCAGACGCAGAGGAUGAUAGAUAUGAGAGUGAACCCUGUCCAUGGAUUCUCUAAUAAGUGGGACUACGAAAAGAAACAGUGGAAAUAAAUGCAUUCCACCUUAAUUUUUAAAAAUGUUUCAGGAUUGCAUUAAUGAGAUGUUCCAAACUCAAUAAUGCUGUGCAGACAGCCGACAGCCUUAAAAUAAAUGUGAAUCUAAAUAAAUGCACUGAAUUAAACUCUGA